UAUUAAUUCAAAACAGAUUCAGCGGCAGUUUCAAAAUGGCCUCCUCUCCUUCCAAUGAUAUACUCCGGCUACACAGCGGUGCUCCUCUCCUUAACAAAGUCUCUGUAUUGAUCCUUGGAGAAUAUGGCAUCAACAAAAAGAAACUUGCUGAAAGCCUGGUCUCUAUGUCAGAUAAGUUUCCUCUUUUGGUUCGACUGACCAGUAAUUUGCCACUAGAACCCACGGAUCCACCUCGACCAAGGAUUGAUUUCAUUUGUUUUGUUAUUGAUGUUACAAGAAAGGAAAGCUUGAACUGUUUACAAGAAGCUGUGAAGUUAAUUGAUGCUGAAUACUUUCUUGGAAAAGCAUGUUUGAUUGUUCAUCAACCAGAUAAUCAUCCGAAGCUGUCUACCAUUGAAAUUGAAUCCAUUAAAGAUAUUGCAAAGAUGUAUAACUUAAUAAUAAUUUAUGGAAAUAUCGAGACCAGAGCUAAUCAUGUCUCCUGUCAAAUUCUUCGAAUUGUAGAAAUAUCUGCAGGAUUCAAAAGUAAUCUCCAAAGUAUAUUUUUAUUGGCACUGACUUAAUAUUUUGUAUAUACGAUAUUAUUUAAAAGGAAAUAUUUCUGAAUCAACAUUUUGGACUUUCAAUUGUAAAUAGGAUAAAAAAAUCUGUAUAUAAGUAUAAUAUAU